UUCGGGCAGGCAGCCUCAGAUCGCGCUCCGCCGCACCCCGCUGCUCCCCGCCGCUCCCCCCUGCUCUCUCCUGGGGCUCGCCACAAUGUUCGCCGUCCACUUGCUGGCUUUCUAUUUCACGAAGCUGAAAGAAGAUCAGAUUAAGAAGGUAGACAGAUUUCUAUAUCACCUUCGGCUCUCGGAUGACACCCUCCUGGACAUCAUGACCCGCUUCCGCACCGAGAUGGAGAAGGGUCUGGGGAAGGACACCAACCCCACGGCCUGUGUAAAGAUGCUGCCCACUUUCGUCAGGGCCAUCCCAGAUGGCUCAGGCAUCCUUGUGCAAAAUGCUAUGUUGACUCUCGGUGCAUAGUAGAAUAAACGGAGGUAUAAAGAGAACG